UCCGUCGAAAUUAAAUUAAAAGAUGGAAGAAUUGAAGAUGGCGACGGCGUUGCCGGAAUCCGGCACAUUGUCAAGCUGCAAGCCGAUGGGUGAAUGUUGGUUUGACGACGCAUGCAUUCUCGACAUGGACUAUUUCGUGAAGACCCUGUCGGGCAUCAAAGCCAAGGGUGUCCGCCCGGAGCUCAUCGGCUCAAUAAUAACUCACUACGCUUCAAAAUGGCUCCCGGAACUAACCGGCGGCGGCGGCAGCGAGGAGAGCAUCGAGAAAGGCGGCCACCUAAUUAUUAAGUUUGAAGAGUCGUCGUCGUCGUCAGUAGCGGAAAGCGUGAGUGCAUCGUGGAUGAAGAAAAGGUUUUUCGUGGAGACCCUUAUCGGCAUUCUCCCGCCGGAGAAAGACUCCAUCCCUUGUAAUUUCCUGUUGAGGCUACUGCGUAUCGGUAACAUGGUGGGAGUGGAGGCGGCAUACAGAGCGGAGCUGGAGAAACGGAUUUCGUGGCAGCUGGAGCAGGCAACGCUAAGAGAGCUAAUGAUACCGUCGUUUAGCCACACGUGCGGAACAGUGCUGGACGUGGAGCUUGUUCUCAGGCUGGUUAAGAGAUUUAUUGUGAGCUUAGAAGAUCAGGCGGCGGUGAUGAGAUGUAGUGGAAGUAGUAGUAGUGGAGCACCACCUCUAAAUCUAAAUCUAAAUCUAAUCAAGGUGGCUAAGCUUGUGGAUGAUUACCUUGCGGAAGCCGCGGUUGACUCCAAUUUGACCAUGUCUCAAUUUAUUGCACUUGCUGCGCCCAUACCAACCCAUGCUCGACCUACGGAUGAUGCUCUGUAUCGAUCAAUUGAUACCUACCUCAAAGCUCAUCCAGGAGUGUCCAAGGAGGAAAGAAAGAGGGUAUGCAAAUUAAUUGAUAGCCGAAAGCUUUCAGCAGAGGCGUCCAUCCACGCAGCUCAAAACGAGCGUUUGCCGGUGCGAACCGUAAUCCAAGUCCUCCUGUCGGAGCAAACCAAGCUGAGCAAGCAGCUGAUGCGACAGUUGGAGUGGAGCGGAGGAUCCUUCAUCAGUGCAAGCGCUGGCGCUAGCGGGGGGACAUGUCCACGGAGCCCAAACCCCCCGGCCCCGGGGGCGCAGCAGCAGCAGCAGGAUCCGCGCUGCAUGUCAAAGCGGGAUAUGAAUACAAUUAACAUUCAACACCUGGAAAUCAAGAAGCUCAAGGAGGAGGUUCUGAGGCUGCAAACUCAGUGCAUCAAUAUGCAGGCACAAAUUGAGAAGCUACUUGAGAUCAGCAGCAGGAAAAGAGGUAGUAGUAGUAGUGGUUAUGGUUUCUUUAGCAGCUGGAAGAAAUUUGGACAGCUUAACAAGGGGAUAAUAAUUACUACUAGUAGUAGUAAGUUGGGAUCUGAAGUUGAGGGAGAAGGCGGCGGGGGGAAUAUUGCCGCAAUUGGCGGCGGGUUCGGGAGACAAACCCCCACGCCCAUGGAUACCAAGGCUAGGCUUGUACGGGGUAGGACUUCCACCAAGUGGAGGAAAUCUUUGUCUUAACUCUUAAUAAUUACCUACCGAUACAUGCUGA